GUAGUUCUGAAGGUCGUUGCAUUUUUGAAUUUAGGGUCACUAAGCUGGCUCUUGAGGUAGACUGCUUGCCUCUCUACAUUUUUGGAUAUUAAACUAUCAAAGUCUAAUGGCCAUGUAUGAACUAGUCAGCGUAUUCCUCCUUUGUUACGCUUGGUAAUCCACUUCGUACUGUCCAUUGUGUGUUUCAAUUCAAGCCAUGCUUCCAAAUUUACCCAUGCGAUUAGUAAAGAAUCUUGUGAAUUUUCCGGCUGUUGUUAGACAAUCUAUUAUUGACUCGUAUGAAAAACUAAAAUCUACGGACUAUCGUCCAAUUUAUGAAAUUUACGAUAAUCUAACUGGAUUGGAUCGUGUUAGAUCCUUACAUGUUGGAGUCGCUGAAGCUGAAAGAAACUUCGUACAGAAACAAGUCGAAAGAAGAGCUUGUCAAACGGAAGUGUUUCAGUUAGAAGAAGCUAGAAAUCGAAUUAACAUACAACUAGAUAGUGUUAAACGUAGUGAUGAAAGUUUUUUGAAAUUAGUUACAGAGUUGCAUGAGCUUUCACGUCAACAUCAACAAGCUCGUGAUAAGUUAACAUCUAUUGAAUUAGCUGAACAAGUAACAUUUGAACAAUUCUCUAGUAUUCUACGUCAUUCACAAGCUGAAGAACGCAUUCAAGCUAGCCGAAUGCGACAAUGGACUGUUGGAUUUAGUUUAGCUGCUGGUUUGAUUGGUUUUAGCGCUACAUGGAUACGUUUUCGUCAACUUGAUAAGCAAAAUGCAUCAUCACUUCGCUUAACCUCUGCUACUGGUCAGCCAACUACUGAGUACUCCAUCCAAGAUAUAACUUCCAGUCUUCACUCAUCCAAUCAAAGAUUAAAAACAACAUUGGAUGACUUAAAUCAAAUAAGAAAUAAUUUGAACGAUUUGAUCAAAACACUGAAAGAAAAUUUGAACGUGAUAAAUAUGAAUAUUACAAAGUCAUCUGAUGUUAAGGAUGGUCAAUUACCUGUUGUCAAUAUGAUUGCAGAAAUUCCUAGUAUUGGUGAAACAAAAUAUAUGUAUUAUGCUUAUGGAACUGGUAUAUUACUUUUGUCUACUUUCAUAUUAUUCUUAAUUAAUAGAUAAAAAUGAUAUGGAUAUGGAUACUUUUUCUUGAACUACCUAGAAAGGGAAAUAGAUUAGUAGAUAGUAGUGAUGUUGGUGACCUGGAAACGUGAUUUCGGAGCUCAACGGACAAUUAUUUGAAGUUGGUCAUACAUAACGUUUUUCUGAGUAGUAUUUAUUGUGUUAGCUGCGUGCUUUAAAGAUCUUGAUCACUUAUUCACUCUCCUCCAAACGUUAGACCACUAUCAUACUUAUUGCAGAUUAACAGUCUUCAUGUCUCUUGAUAUUAAGGUUGUCUCUGAUUUGUUGGAUAGAAACAUGAUUUGAGAUUGUCUUCUGGGGAAGGAUUUUUCUGUGAAGUUUAUUAAUAUCUUGGAAGAUCCAUACACAAAUACCCCAGGUAGAGUGAGGGUAUGCAACCACCUUUCUACAUUACAGGAUUAACUGUAAAAUGACUUUCCUACCUUCUGUAUGCUAAUAAGAUUGUCUUAUUGUGCGAUGACACAGAACUAAUUCAAACCUCGGUUUUUCAAUUGGUACUUGGUGUUUAUAAAUAUAGCAUGUGUCUUACACCUUCCAAAUCCGAAAUACUUAUUCAUGAUUAGUAGGAAGCUGAGUGCUGGUGUUGGCGUAUCAUGAGAUCAAUCUAUGCAUAGUGAAAGCCAGAAUGGCUUGUGACGAUCUGAACCUUCUUCCGCUCUGUUGUAAUGUUAGUCUGCCUAUAAGGGCUCGGGUUUACGCGUCGGUGCGAGCUGUACUACUGUAAGCUUGUAGAACCUGGUCUCUACCAGCCGAGGAUGUCCGGCGAUUCUCUGUGUUCGACCGUCGUAGGGAUGGAAGGACUUCUGAUGUCCAGUGGCAACAGAAUGUCAGUUUGCCAAUUUGUGUUCGGGUACAGUAAUAACAAUUAAAUCAGUGUCAUCACCUUGAAAUACUGGCUUCAGUGGUUUUGAUUUGUUUUAUGAAUAUCAUCCUGAUGUCCACCAUAUGUAACAUUAUUUGCUGAUACUGGGCGCGGAAAGUGGAGGAGCGGUAAUUUCAUAACAGCCUAGUUGUAUAUGAUUGCUAUCUGUCGGUCCAUCACAACUCCCUAUUCGGUGUCCGAGACAUGAAUCAACUUCAGUGGCUUGAAAUAUUAUCAGACAUGGCUCAGACUAGAAGCCAAUGACAGUUGUCUUAUUGCGUUUUUCUACGUUUUUCAUAAAAAUGGGAUGAAGUACCGUAACCAAGAGACGUUUCUCUUGGUUUUGUUUUUGUCUGAAAUAUAUCUUCUAUUAUAUAGUAUUUUCGUUCACGUGGUUGCUUAUUUUUGUUUGUACUCCUGUUCCCUCAUUUAUCUCCUUGCUUAUGUUGCCUAUACCCAUCUUUUUCUGUCCAGUUGUACCACACUGUCUGUAUUAAAUAGGUGAAUUAAGUGACUUACUUCUAGUUAAGGAAAUCCGUGGGGUAAGGUGAGGUGUACUAUGUCAAGGGCUGAGGUUUUAUUCCCUUUUCCUACUGUUUUGAGAAGAGAGCACAUCUACAGAUCAUGUUAAUCCGAUGGAUCCAAUUUUUGUCGUCUCAUUUCUGCAUAGUCGUCAGCUUGACUUUGCCCUCGGAUUUCAUGGUUUCGUUCUGAUAGCUUUCUAGCCAACUUGCUAAACAUGAUAGGACCUAGGGGAAUAAAUAUUCCAUUCAAAAUAACUCGAUUGAGCCAUCGCCACGGGUAAGCUUAUUCACCACAUUAAUUCACGGGCUACGAUUGGGAAAACAGCAUGAACGUCUGUAGACCAACCAGUUAUUUGAAGUUUACUUAUAUGUUAACCUGGAAGAAACUUAUUUGAUCGUUAUUAAAUUUUAGAUGCUUAACAAAUUAGAAAGUUAAUGAAAUACAUUUUGGUAUAAUCUGUAAGGUGAUUAACAGCUCAGUUUAUUUUUAGACACGAAAUUUCCUAAUAAAACAAACAAAAUAUCUGGAAAUGCUUUGACGAAAAACCAUUUUUGAACGUUACAUUUAACUAGGUAUUAUUAGAAAGGUUUGACUUGUUUCAUUUAACUUUCUACUCAUUGUUGUAUUUCGACUAACAGUAGCAACCAAGACGUGACAUUCAUUUUGUUUUUAAGACUUCAAGUGAAUUUGCCUGUACCCCGAUGUUGAUGUUCACAUCGAGACUUGUACGAGGAAAUUCAAACGCUUACGUAUUAUUUCCGCCGAUUUUCAGAACCAUAGAUAUUUGGAUGUUUGCCUAGUUUGACUACUUUUAAAUAAAUAAGUAGUCAAACGUUUUUGUACAAAUUAAGUUUGAGCGAUUGGUAGUCCUGAAUAUAAAUAUCCAAAUUCUCAGGAUGCAAAAUCCACCACUUCUAACGCAUAAUAUUGUCAAAUUCAUUGAUGUAUGCCUUGUUCUGACCUUUGUAAAAUAUCACAGUAAUUAUGGAGCCUGGUAAUGAAGUUGUUGAAAACAAUUGUUUGCUCAAAUAUUCUUUGUUUUCGGAUUAAUAAGAACACAUCCACGUAGUAUUUACCUUAAACAGUGCAUCUUUCUUUGACUAUCUACACACUAUGAUCCAUUGACAUUCAAAAUAUUAUGCGAGUGUAUUCAAGGAUUUAUUGGGUGCUUAAGGGGGAGAUAUACUUUAUUGGAUUCCGAAAUUUCAGAAUUGGCUAUAUAUGUCUUAACUCUAUUAGGC